AUGAAGAUACAGGGCCAGAUGGAAGGAAAAUCCGUUGCUGUGGCCAAGCUUUGGCAAGUAAAACUCAAGAAGCUACUGCCCGAUAUUCGAAAGCUGGAGGGCAGGGUUCCCUUGUUAGACCCGACUUUGGAAAUUGCCGGAUCUGAAGUCAGCAUCGGCUUGUUGUUCAACGAGCCUGUUGACUUUGACAAGCUCGCAGCACCUGUGGAGCGAACCGAAAGCCUCAAGCACAAAGACAUGACGGAGGAAGACUAUCCACAGGUUGAGGAAGGGGUUGGUGUAUGA